AUCUCAAAAAUAUCUCAAUUCCUCUGAAAUAUUUUACGAUAUCUUUUUACAAUAUAAUUUUUUUUUUACGAAAUUUAAUAAUAUAACACAAUAUGUCAUCUCUUGAAGACGGAAAAAUUGGUGAACAAAAAUAUACUCCACCAAAAAUCGCCAAUCCCGCUCCACUUGGUUUAUGUGGUUUCGCUUUGACAACAUUUGUAUUAUCGAUUCAUAAUGCUGGAUCUCCAAAUGUACAGUCUGCAGAUAUUGUAACAGGAUUGGCCUUCUUUUAUGGUGGUUUGGCACAAUUAUUAGCAGGAAUGUGGGAAUUUAAAACUGGAAAUACCUUUGGUGCUACUGCCUUUUCUUCUUAUGGUGCUUUUUGGCUCUCCUUUGGUGCCAUUCUCACUAUUAAACCCGCUGGCCCCGUUGAUCCUAUUGCUUCUGCUCAUGCUGUCGGAAUAUUUUUAUUGGGAUGGACAAUUUUUACUUUCAUCUUAUUUUUGGCAACAUUCCGAUCAAGUGUGGGAAUUAUGUCAUUGUUCUUUUUCUUAACAAUGACUUUCCUCUUACUUACAUUAGGAAAAUUCUUCCAACUUGAUCAAACUCCAGUAAAUGGAAUAACAAAAGCUGGCGGUGUAUUUGGUGUGAUCACUGCUUUGAUCGCUUGGUAUAAUGCUUUAGCCGGUUUACUUACCCCUGAAACUUCUUAUUUCACUUUACCCACUAUUAGUUUAAAUCGUAAAAAUAAUUAGAAUAAUAUGAAUAAUAUAUAAAGAAAAGAAAAAAAAAAUUAAUAAUGUAAUAUUAUGUAAUAAUAAUUUUUUUUUCGUAAUGAUCGUAAUGAUGAAAUGUGAAUAAUUUUUUCUUUUUUUUUUUUUCUUUGUGUAAGCAGUAAAAUUUUUUUUAGGUUUUUUGGUACUGCUGUUGUAUCUCAUUGUGCUAUUUUUAUGGUUUUUUUUUUUUAUAUAAUACUUUAUAUAAUAUAUUAUUAAUGUAUAACACAUACGCAUAUAAAUUUAUAUCUCAAUCAAAUAAAUUAGGAAAUGAGUUUUU